AACGCCUCGCCUCGCCAUGGCAACGCCUGCGCUACCUGCUACUGCCGCAGCCUACGUGCUUGCAGCAGCGAUGCUACUGCCCCUGGUGUCGUCGUUACCGCAGCUGAGAGCAGACUCGCAAAUCGUGUUCAGCGCAGACGAUGACAGCAUCGGCCCCAGGUUCCUGGCUGGGGGCACGUCAGCUAACGAGGUGGGCCGCAGCACGCGCUACCCAGGUGGCUGGGGCAGGCCCCUUUUCAUCACGACAACGCCCAAGCCUGAGCAGCCGCGCCGCCAGACGCGGCCGCCCUACGUCGACUACGACGAGCUGUUCAUCUUCGAUCGGCCCUCCAUGCCCAUCGAGUACGUGCCGCGCACUACCAGCCCCGCCACCACCACCGGCAGUGGCUCCACGCGCGAGGACUGCAACUGCCCCACCACCAACGAGUACAACCCCGUCUGUGGCACAGACCACGUCACCUACUCCAACCCGGGGCACGUCUACUGUGCCAAGUACUGUGGCAAGAAUGUUGGGAUAUACCAUGUGGGUAUCUGCAUGAUGACGACUACAGAGCCACCAAGGAUUGUCCUCACAUAGCCACACCUCAGAUGAUGACCACACUCCUGUCAUUAUCACAAGUCAUAACCUCCAUAUUAUUCCAAGGAACGCUUCCAGCAUCUCAUCGCUAUUUAUUUAAAUGUUACAAUGCCAAAGAUAAUUUAUUGCGUGUGUUUGAGACAGAGCUUUAAAAACUGCACUGUGCAGUAGACUGACAUUUUGAUAUGUGUUCAAAAGAAAGUAAAGAAGUCCGUGAUGUUUUGCUGUUGUGUAAAUAAUAUAUUUAUU